AUCUGAUCUGGAAAGUUGGGUUUUACUUCUAGUCCCUAAUUGCCAGAGGCUUUUUUAAAGCAAAAGAAUGUCUGUGGUACACCAGUUGUCACCUGGGUGGUUACUGGAUCAUCUUUCUUUUAUUAACAAGAUAAACUAUCAAUUUCACCAGCAUGAUGAUCUUUGUUGCAGUAGAAAUGAGCCCACUUCUUCUGUCCACUCUGAUUCUCUUCAAGUGGAUUCUAUAUCCUCUUUUGGAGCCCGUGCUACAUUUGUUUCUUCUGACUUUACCACUAAGCCAAAGAACAGUGACGGAGAAAAUUAUGAAACAUUCACGCAAAAAUAUGUUUUUCGACCUGGACUGUUUGAUGUCACCAAACCUCAUAUAACUCCAGCUGUUCACAAAGAAUGCCAGCAAAGUAGUGAAAAGGAAGAUCUAAUGAAUGGUGUUAAAAAAGAAAUCUCCGAUUCUAUUAUUGGGAAGAAGCGUAAAAGAUGUGUUGUUUUCAAUCAAGGUGAAUUGGAUGCUAUGGAAUACCAUACAAAGGGAUGUGGUAGGAAAACAUUUGAUGUAAUUGUGAUAGAUCCACCAUGGCAGAACAAAUCAGUUAAAAGAAGUAACAGGUACAGUUAUUUAUCAUCACUGCAGAUAAAGCAAAUACCUAUUCCUAAACUGGCUGCUCCAAACUGUCUUAUUAUUACUUGGGUGACCAACAGACAGAAGCACCUACGUUUUGUAAAGGAAGACCUUUAUCCUUCUUGGUCUGUGGAAAUAGUUGCCGAAUGGCACUGGGUAAAAAUCACCAAUUCAGGAGAGUUUGUGUUCCCAUUAGAUUCUCCACACAAAAAGCCUUAUGAAGGUCUUAUACUGGGCAGAGUUCAAGAAAAAACUGCUUUACCAUUAAGAAAUGCAAAUAUAAAAGUGCUUCCCAUUCCAGACCACAAAUUAAUUGUCAGUGUGCCUUGUAUUCUUCACUCACAUAAGCCACCGCUUGCUGAGGUUCUAAAAGACUACAUCAAGCCAAAUGGGGAAUGUUUGGAAUUGUUUGCUCGAAAUUUACAGCCAGGUUGGACUAGUUGGGGCAAUGAAGUUCUCAAAUUUCAGCACGUGGAUUACUUUGUUGCUCUGGAGCCUGGAAACUGUUAA